GGAGGGUCACGCUUGACAACGGAGAUGUACGUGUAUGCUUCGUGCUUGGCAAGACGAAGUGUGCACCGAUGAGGACUAUGUCCAUACCACGACCAUCCGCGAUGAACGUAAAGUGGCCAUUGGACAGAUGAUACUAUGGUCGGACUCCAAAACGGUGCAGCGUUGGAUAGGCAGCACGCACCGGCGAUACAAGCAGUUUGUCGGCAACAGGGUUGCGGAGAUACUGGAGCCAACCGACCAGAGCAACUGGAAUUGGAUUCCGUCUGCUGAAAACGUAGCAGACGAGGAGACCAGGGCGCAACGCCACGUGGACUUCAGUCAACAGUCACGGUGGCUAGGCGGACCUGCAUUUCUGCGCGGGCCAGAGGCCAACUGGCCGCAGCAGACGCCGAGUGACGAUUGCGCCGACGACGACGAGGAGAUGCCCUGUGAGUUUGCGUUGACGGUGUCAACUGAAAGCGUUAUUUCUUUGCAGAGAUUCUCAAGCUACACACGCCUGGUGAGGACUGUUGCUUGGGUCCUAAGGUUUGCCAGAUGGUGCCAGGGACAGCAAAAUCUACUGGAGAAGUACGGACUCACAGCGGCCGAGUGUGAGGCGGCUGAGUACACGCUCAUACGGCAAGCGCAGCGAGAAGCGUUUCCAGAUGAGGUGCAGGCCGCACAAAACAAAGAGAUUAUUGCCAAGGGCAGUGACGUCAAAGGCUUGGCGCCAUACCUUGAUGGGAAAGGAGUACUGCGCGCAUACGGCCGAAUUUAAGUUUUCCGGGCUGGACUACUUCGGGCCACUCCUGGUGACGGUCGGGAGGCGGAAGGAGAAGCGCUGGGUGGCG